AGAGCAGCUUGGCGGAUAAGUGUUGAACAGAAUAUACUUAGAAAAACAGCACCCAAGGCGAUCUUGGUUUUCAAAGUUCCAGUAGCGGGAACUGCGAUGGAACGUUGGCAGGAUCGCGUUGCGGUGGUCACAGGUGCUAGUUCCGGGAUCGGAGCUGCCGUGGCCCGUCAGCUGGUAAGUGCAGGGGUUAUCGUAGUCGGUCUGGCCAGGCGGGUGGACCGCAUGGAGGCCAUUAAGGAGCAGCUGCCCCCGGAGCUGCAGCCCCGCCUGCAUGCCAUUCACUGUGAUGUUGGAGAUCUGGACUCGGUUGCGGCCGCCUUCAACUGGGUCGAGGAGCAGCUCGGCGGCUGUGACAUUCUUGUGAACAAUGCCGGCUGUCUGAACCCUGGACAGCUGCUCACCCUAGAGCUGGAACAACUGCAGCAGGUCCUAAACGUAAACCUAAUGGGCGUGAUCGUCUGCACCCGGCUCGCCUUCCGCUCGAUGAAGCACCGCGAGGUGGCUGGUCAUGUGGUUCUCAUCAACAGCCUGACGGGACGGACCAUUAUCAAUCCACCAGGGGACGAGUUGCAGUUGCUCAACAUGUAUCCGAUCACCAAGCACGGGAUUACGGCCAUGCUAGAGGUUCUGCGACAGGAGCUGCGCGGAUUCAAGACCAAGAUCAAGGUCACGAGCAUCACUCCAGGUGUGACCGACACGGAGAUUCUGCCCGCUGGCUACGAUACGUUGCCGAUGCUGAAGCCGGACGACAUCGCCGCGGGCAUUAUGUACGCCCUGGCCACUCCCCCACAUGUCCAAGUGCACGAGCUGACCAUUAAGCCGUUGGGAGAGCCCUUCUGAAUUCCUUCAGCAUACUAUUAUGAUGAUAAGGUGAUCGUUUAAAUAUACCGACCCCUCAAAA